AUGUCCUGGCUUGCUGACCUUGCUGGAAAAGCAGAAGAUCUUUUAAACCGAGUCGAUCAAGGGGCUGCAACAGCUCUCAGUCGAAAAGAGAACACCAGCAGCAGCACAUACAGCAAAAAUACCGACUAUCCUGAACUUCACCAGCAAAAUGCAGACUUGACUUACCAGCCUGAAUCUAAAGCUAAUUAUAUCUCCUCAGCAGCUGAUAACAUUAGGAAUCAAAGAGCCACCAUCCUAGCUGGCACCACAAAUGUGAAAGCGGCACCGAGGACAUCAGGGGAGACCUCCCGUUCUGUUGAAAACUCAUCUGUUCCCAGGCCUUCGUCCCAGUUUGUUCGGAGAAAAAAGUCAGAACCUGAUGAUGAGCUGCUGUUUGAUUUUCUUAAUAGUUCACAGAAGGAACCUGCUGGGAGGGUGGAAAUAAAAAAAGAAAGGGGCAGGCCCCCUGUCCUCCAGAGUUCUCAGACUACAAGCGCCAGCGCCGACAACACCAGCGUAACCACCGUCAAAGCCACUGAAGAAAAUGCUGGGAGCCAAAGCCAUGAAGCCUCUAGUAAUUCAGAUUCUGGCCAUGAAAUCCAAGAGGAUUCUUCAAAGGACACUGUAUCAUCAAAUGCUUCCUGCAUUAAUCACAACCAAUCAUUACCUACUGAUGAUGGCAAAUCCCAUGAACUGUCUAAUCUUCAACUGGAGAAUCAACUGCUGAGGAAUGAAGUUCAGUCUUUAAAUCAAGAAAUGGCCUCAUUACAUCAAAGAGCCAGGGAAACUCAAGAAGAAUUAAACAAAGCAAGAGCAAGAGUUGAAAAGUGGAAUGUUGACCAUUCAAAGAGUGAUCGAAUAACUCGAGAACUUCGAGCCCAAGUAGAUGACCUGACUGAAGCGGUGGCUGCAAAGGAUUCCCAGCUGGCUGUGCUGAAAGUGAGACUCCAGGAAGCUGACCAGCUACUGAAGACUCGCACAGAAGCUUUAGAAGCUUUACAGAGUGAAAAGUCACGAAUAACGCAGGAUCACAGCGAAGGGAGUAGCCUGCAGAAUCAAGCUCUGCAAACCCUUCAGGAGAGACUGCAUGAAGCGGACGCCACUCUGAAGAGAGAGCAGGAGAGCUAUAAGCAAAUGCAGAGUGAGUUUGCUGCACGCCUGAAUAAAAUGGAAGUGGAACGUCAGAACUUGGCAGAAGCAGUUACUCUGGCAGAAAGAAAGUAUUCCGAUGAGAAGAAGAAAGUUGAUGAGCUUCAGCAGCAAGUCAAGAUGAAUAAGUCCAACUUGGAGUCCUGUAAGCAGGAAUUAAUUGACUACAAGCAAAAAGCUUCUCGAAUACUCCAGUCUAAAGAAAAAUUGAUUAACAGCUUAAAGGAAGGAUCUGGUUUUGAAGGCCUGGACAGCAAUACUGCUCAUAGCAUGGAGCUAGAAGAACUUCGGCAUGAAAAGGAGAUGCAAAGGGAAGAAAUACAGAAACUGAUGGGUCAGAUACAUCAGCUGAGGUCCGAGUUACAGGAUAUGGAGGCUCAGCAGGUCAGUGAAGCAGAAUCAACAAGAGAACAGUUGCAAGAUCUGCAAGACCAAAUAGCUGGACAUAAAGCAUCUAAACAAGAACUUGAAGCAGAAUUGGACCGACAGAAGCAGGAAUUCCAUUAUAUAGAAGAAGAUCUUUACCGAACAAAGAAUACAUUGCAAAGCAGAAUUAAAGAUCGGGAAGAAGAAAUUCAGAAACUUAGGAAUCAGCUUACCAAUAAAACCCUAAGCAAUAGCAGCCAGUCCGAGUUGGAGAGUCGACUCCAUCAGCUGACGGAGACUCUCAUCCAGAAGCAGACCAUGCUGGAGAGCCUCAGCACCGAGAAGAACUCGCUGGUCUUCCAGCUGGAGCGCCUCGAGCAGCAGAUGAAAUCGGCCACUGGAGCUGGGAGCACUGGGUCUGCCAUCAAUAUGUCUGGAGUUGACAAUGGCGAAGGGGCACGUCUACGAAAUGUUCCUGUUCUUUUUAAUGACACAGACACCAGUCUGGCAGGAAUGUAUGGAAGAGUCCGCAAAGCUGCUAGUUCAAUUGACCAAUUUAGUAUCCGCCUGGGAAUUUUUCUCCGAAGAUACCCGAUAGCACGAGUUUUUGUAAUUAUAUAUAUGGCUCUGCUCCACCUCUGGGUCAUGAUUGUUCUGUUGACUUACACACCGGAAAUGCACCAUGACCAGCCCCAUGGCAAUUGA